GAUCAGUCGCAUGUCGAUAGUUUUCAUUGUGGGUGCAGUGAGUUAACAGAUGAGCACUAAUCGGGAUUACCCAAAAUACAACAUAAACAAAAAUCUACAGCAUUACCAAGAGAAGCGAGACAACAGAAAAAGAAGAAAUACGAGGACUGGCUGCUUAACAUGGAUUGUCCAGACAUCUGCCAUACAGUACUUUUCAAGAGGACUUAAGAGUGAUACUUUUUUUAUUCAAUUAGAUGAUUUUAAACACAUUAGAUAUAUCUUCUUUAAAUUAGGAAUUGGAAUUUGUUCUGAAUCGGAUCACUACAUCAUUUUUAAUUUUUUUUUUUUUUACGAAAACCAAACAAAAGUGGAAUGUGAUCGCACGUAUUGGAUGUAUAUUGGAUUUAUAAAGGUGAAUUAGACACCGCGUCUGGACGACAUUAUAAAAGUAAAAUAUGGGGAAUAUUGAGAGUGUGGACGGGCAAUCUGAGAUGAAGCAUCAUUUAAUGCCAAUGAAAGUUCCCAUGCCUGAGCCAACAGAGCUGGAAGAAAGAUUUGCCAUUGUUUUGAACUCUAUGAACCUGCCUCCAGAUAAAGCACGUCUCCUCCGGCAGUACGAUAAUGAGAAGAAGUGGGACCUCAUCUGUGACCAGGAGCGUUUCCAAGUGAAGAAUCCUCCACAUACAUACAUCCAGAAACUACGUGGAUAUUUAGACCCAAAAGUCACACGCAAGAAAUUCCGCAGGAGGGUUCAGGAAUCCACCAAAGUCCUGCGAGAGCUGGAGAUAUCGCUGAGAACCAAUCACAUAGGGUGGGUUCGUGAGUUCCUCAACGAUGAGAACAGAGGCCUGGACAUCCUGGUGGAGUAUCUCUCCUUCGCCCAGUGUGCCGUCAUGUUGAAUUUUGAAGGGCUGGAGAAUGGUGAGGACUUUUCGCUGUACAAGGCUAAGUCCUGGAGCAGGUCCAUUGAGGAUCUGCACCAGAACGGUUGUAAUACACUGGUGCGCUCUGCUCGACAAUCCGUCCUCCGUUAUGGCUCAGCUGCCAACAGCAAGACCAUCAAGAACUCCAGACUAGUCAGUCAAAAGGAUGAUGUGCAUGUGUGCAUCAUGUGCCUCCGAGCAAUCAUGAACUAUCAGUAUGGCUUCAACCUCGUCAUGUCUCACGCGCAUGCAGUCAACGAGAUCGCCCUAAGUUUGAACAAUAAGAACCCAAGAACAAAGGCGCUGGUCCUGGAGCUGCUGGCUGCCGUGUGUUUGGUGCGAGGAGGCCAUGAAAUCAUCCUCUCAGCGUUUGAUAACUUCAAAGAG